ACUGCAAACUGACUCUCUCUCACUAAGGUGGAUUUUUAGUUUUCGUUUUCUGUGUUCUUGAGAGUGAAAAUCCUACUUCCCCAAUCAAUUUCAACCCAUUUUUACAAUGUGAAUCAUGAACUUACUUUCAGAUUUUUAUUUUUAUAUUCUCUCUUUGAGCUUCUUUGUCUUUUUGGGUUUGAUUACAGUUUACACCACAAAACCGCGUGAUUCACAUCAUCACUCUAUUUGCCUCCAUCUUAUCUUUGGCAUCAAGAUUGUUCCUUCUUUUUCUGUUGGGUUUCUGUUCUGUGCUUCUUGAAGACAUAAUAUGCUUGAUUCUAUCCUUUAACCAAUGUAAUGGCUCUUUCAAAUUCCCCAAACCCAUGAAUCAAUUAUGCAAAGAAUUCUCUUCCGAAGCAGGUGAUUUGAUUCAUUUUGAGGGUACAAAGAUAUCAGAGCUACCCAUCUAAAAUGAGUAUGAUUUGGAUUCUUUCAUUGCUGUUGCUCCUUGUUGGCAUUUUUGCAAAUGGGUUUAGUGGGAAUGCUUCUUCAAGACCUGCUGUUGUGAAUAUUGGAGCUAUUUUCACAUUUAAAUCCACCAUUGGUAGAGUGGCCAAGAUUGCAAUUGAGGAGGCUGUGAAAGACGUGAACUCCAAUGCUAGUGUUCUCCCUGGAACCAAACUUGUGCUACGGAUGCAAGAUUCCAAUUGCAGUGGGUUCCUUGGCCUGAUUGGAGCUUUGCAAUUCAUGGAGACUGAUGUUGUUGCAAUUAUAGGUCCACAAUCUUCUGUAGUUGCCCAUAUAAUAUCAAAUGUUGCAAAUGAACUCCAAGUUCCCAUGUUGUCAUUUGCAGCUACGGACCCCACUCUAUCUUCUCUUCAGUUUCCCUAUUUUGUUAGGACGACUCGAAGCGAUUUGUAUCAGAUGAAUGCAAUAGCUGAAAUAGUUGAUUAUUAUGGUUGGAAGGAAGUUAUUGCAAUAUUUAUUGAUGAUGAUUACGGAAGGAAUGGUGUGUCAGCAUUAGAUGAUGCACUUGCAGCUAGGCGCUGUAAAGUGUCCUACAAGGUUGGAAUUCCCCCAGGGUCUGGGGUUAGUCGUGGUGACAUAACCAACAUCCUUGUUAAGGUUGCAUUAUUGGAGUCUCGAGUUAUCGUUUUGCACGCAAAUCCUGAUUCGGGUUUCAUGGUAUUUUCUGUGGCUCACUAUCUUGGAUUGAUGGGUAGUGGGUAUGUUUGGAUAGCUACUGAUUGGCUUUCUUCCGUUUUAGAUUCUUCUUUGCCUCUUCCAUCUGAGACCAUGGACACAUUGCAAGGAGUUAUUGUUUUGCGUACACACACGCCAGAUUCAGAUAAAAAGAGAUCUUUCUUCUCUAGAUGGAACAAACUGGCCGGUGGCUCUUUUGGGCUACAUUCUUAUGGACUUUAUGCUUAUGAUACUAUUUGGCUGCUUGCCCAUGCUAUUGAUUCAUUUUUCAAUCAGGGAGGGAUUAUUUCAUUUUCCAAUGAUUCGAAGCUGCGUUCUGUUAAAACAAGUAAUCUUCAUCUUGAUGCAAUGGGUAUUUUUGAUGGAGGAGCACUCUGUCUUUUUGGGUUUGAUUACAGUUUACACAAUCUAGUCGGUUUGACAGGUCCAAUCAAGUUUAAUCCUGACAGGAGUCUAAUUCUUCCUGCAUAUGAUGUUAUUAAUGUGCUUGGGAAUGCGUUUAGACAGAUUGGUUACUGGUCUAACUAUUCCGGAUUAUCAACUGUGCCUCCUGAGACGCUUUACUCAACGCCACCUAAUCGUUCGAGUGCAAACCAACAUCUAUUUAGUGUUAUUUGGCCUGGGGAUACAACGAUGAAACCACGUGGAUGGGUUUUCCCAAACAAUGGGAAGCAAUUGAGAAUUGGGGUACCUAAUCGAGUGAGUUACCGGGAAUUUGUAUCACAAGUGCGAGGCACUAAUAAUACUUUUAAAGGGUUCUGCAUAGAUGUAUUUACAGCUGCUGUCAACCUGUUACCGUAUGCUGUUCCAUAUGAAUUUGUCUCCUUUGGAGAUGGAAAGAAAAACCCAAGCUACUCAGAGCUUGUGCAUUUGAUCACAACGGGUUUUUUUGAUGGCGCUGUUGGUGACAUUGCCAUUGUCAUGAACAGGACAAAGAUUGUGGAUUUCACACAGCCAUAUGCUGCUUCCGGACUUCUUGUAGUGGCCCCAUUUAAGAAGUUGAACACUGGUGCUUGGGCUUUCUCGCUCCCAUUUACUCCAAUAAUGUGGGGUGUCACUGCUGGUUGUUUCAUUGUUGUGGGGACAGUUGUGUGGAUUCUCGAGCAUCGUAUAAACGAUGAGUUCAGGGGGCCGCCUAGGAAACAGCUUAUAACCAUACUCUGGUUUAGCCUCUCAACCUUGUUUUUUGCCCACAGAGAGAACACAGUGAGCACCCUGGGUCGUAUAGUGUUAUUUAUAUGGCUCUUUGUGGUCCUGAUAAUCAACUCUAGUUAUACCGCAAGUUUGACCUCAAUCCUCACCGUGCAACAGUUAUCUUCUCCUAUUAAAGGUAUUGAAACCUUGAAAACAAGCAGUGAUCCUGUUGGAUACCAAGUGGGUUCUUUUGCCGAGAAUUAUUUGAUUGAGGAAAUUGGUAUACCUAAAUCUAGGCUAGUCGCCCUUGGAUCGCCAGAAGAAUAUGCUGUGGCGCUCCAACGUGGCCCUAAAAAGGGCGGUGUUGCUGCUGUGGUUGAUGAACGACCAUAUAUAGAGCUUUUCUUGUCAAGCCAGUGCACAUUCAGGAUUGUUGGUCAAGAGUUCACCAAAAGUGGCUGGGGUUUUGCAUUUCCACGGGACUCUCCUUUGGCUGUUGACCUAUCAACAGCAAUUUUAACACUUUCUGAAAGUGGGGAUCUACAACGGAUCCAUGACAAGUGGUUGAUGAGCACAGCUUGUAGCUCAGACAACUCUCAGAUUGAAUCAGAGCAACUUCACCUGAAGAGCUUCUUGGGCCUGUUUCUCAUAUUUGGGAGCACUUGCUUGGUUUCUCUCGCCAUAUACUUCUUCCAGAUCAUGCGUAAGUUUUACCGCACUGCACAAACUGAAUCAGUUUCAAAUGGUGAGGGAAGUUCACGCCCACGCAUCAGACGUCUCAAGACGCUAUUGUCAUUAAUUGACGAGAAGCAAGACCCGUCAAAAAGCGAGCCUAAGAGAAGAAAGAUUGAGAGAUCAUCGUCCGAGAAUGAAUUGUGAAGGCGAUUUGAAAAACACAAUUAUCCAGAGAAUGAGUGACAUUAUCCAAUCAAUUGAAGACAGUGAAUAGAUCAUCCCUAUUUUAUAUUUUCCUGAAACUAAUUGUUAACAUAAAGAGGAGCAGUUUUCUAAAGAAUAUUAUAUUAAUUAUAGUUUUUAUGCAAAGGGAUUCAGUUGAUAACUUGGAAAAAUCAACGAAAUGUUGUAUGGAACUGACUUGAUUAGCUUUCUUGAAGCCUGAACUAAAUGCUGAUUGUUUACAACAA